AUGACAGAUAGAGGAGUGGUUCGAGAAAGCGUAGGAAAUCCAUACCGUGUUUCAGUACCCACCGUGGGGAAUGCAGAUACUCAGCAGGCACUAUUCUAUGCCCACAUAGCGAAUGGUAGAUGUCUCGGAAGAUGUGCGUUAUGUGAUACAAUUAAUUUAGAAAGAAUUGUUUGCAAUUGGUUCUUACAUUGUGUGGGAUAUAACGUAGAAAUAUCAGGAGAAGAUAUACAGAGAAAAGCUGUGGAAUUUAAUCAGAAAUUAAAUGUAAAUCCUUAUUUUCAACCCUCUAAUGGUUGGUUGCAAAGAUUUCGAAUACAUCACUAUAUUUUUGAUGCAGAUAUCUGUCGAGAUUUUCCAGUCUCAAUUGCAGCCGCAGUGUAUACCUUCAAAGAUUUUUUUAACAGACGUCUGAAUCACGAGGGGUGUACAUUGGAGAACAUCUACAGUGUCGUUUACAGACCAAUAGCGUGGAAGUCACUACCAGAAAAUACUUUGAUUGUUCAUCGUGCGAAAUUGACAGAAGACGAAGAAAUGUUGGAAGAUCACGUUACUGCACUUUUUUGUACAAAUGCUACGGGAUGUCACAAGUUGCCGAUACUAAUAGUCGGCAGCGUUGAGGAAAAUCGCGGAUUACAGAAUUUCAAUAUGAAUGCCUUCCCAAUUAUCUACAGAUCAAACAGCAAAGCUUGGAUGGACAGUACCAUCUUUAAUCAAUGGUUCGAAAACCAUUUCAUAAAAUCAGUUCAGGAAAGACAAGAGCGAAAUGGGAGCAGAAUGAAGACGUUGUUGUUAAUAGGUAAUGUACGCUGGGAUCUGAAUGAAUUAGAUAGUAAAGAAGAAUUAGUUAGAGUCAGGAAUUUUCCAUAUAACGUUAGACCACUCCUGGACCCAAUGGAUCAUGGAAUAAUCGCAUGUUUCAAGCGAAAGUACCGAAAAGAAUUGGUGAAAACAUUAAUGUCAUUUUCUAUGUGCAAUACGAAAGAAGAAGUGAUAGACCACCAUAAAGAAUUAAAUAUAUGGGAUUGCUGCCACAUUGUACAUAAGGCUUGGUCAAAAGUCGACAGUGCAAUUAUAAAAAGGGCGUGGGACAAGCUUUUGACGUUUGACGUUAUACGUAAUGUGGACGCAAAAAAAAGGAAAAGUGACAUAUUUAAAACAGUAAAAUUGCUGCAUAGCUUACCUGGAUGCGAACAGUGCAAUGAAAACGAUGUGUCAAACUGGUUUGAAUCUGAAAACAUACGCGAUAAAAUCAUGGCGAUAUGUACCGACGUAGCUCCAAAUUUUAGAUACAAUACUAUGAAUCGAGUGAACAUAGGUAUUGUCGACGAUGGACCUGGGCCUUCUUAUUCAUAG